GCUGGGAUUGAUUGAAGGCGCCAUGCAGCACUGCACUGGGUUAAACAAGCAUUUUAAAAACAUCUCAUUUUCUAAAGGGUUAAAAAAACAAAAACAAAAACCCCAAAUGUUAACAAACUAAGAAAGAGUUCUCGCUCUUCCGGUCUCUCUGGCCUCCGCGGCAGAAGCAAGAUGUGGAAAGGAGCGUCAUCCUUUGGAAAGCGUCACAGUAAGGCACACUCAUGCCGCUGCUGGGGCUCGAAGGCCGACCACCUUCAGAAGUCCACCUGUGGCGGAUGUGGCUACGCUGCCGAGCUCAAGAGAAAAUAUAAUUACAGUGCCAAGGCUAAGAGACGGAACCCUACCGGGACUGUGAGGCACCUAAAAACUGUCUAGCGCAGGUUCGGGCGUGGAUUCCGUGAAGGAACGACACCUAAACCCAAGAGGGCAGCUGUUGCAGCACCCAGUUCAUCUUGAGGCUUUCAGUCAGUCAUAAAAUAAAUGAUCUGCUUUCAAAAAAAAAUUUCUUAUUAAAAUGUCCAUAUUUGGAAAGUAAUACUCGGAGAGAUGGCUCAGUGAUUGAAGCCAAUGGCUGCUCGUCCAGAGGACCAGGGUUCAAUCCCCAGCACCCAUGUAGCAGCUCACAGCCAUCUCUGACUGCAGUUCCAGGGUAUCAGACACCCUAACACAGACGUAUAAGCAGGCGAAACACCCAUGAACAUAAAAUAAGAAUAAAUUUAAAUAAAAGGAAAGCAACACUUGCUCAUUUCAGAUUAAUUUGGAAAAUUCACAAAAAUAUCAGGAAGAUAAGUGAGCAGCCAGCGGUGACCAUAACUUGGUAUAUUUCUCUGUGAUUCCUGUGAUUCUUUUCCUUACUAAAGUCAAAAUCAUGAUAUAUGUAGAUUGCUUUCUGUCUUCCCACAUAAUACCUCACGGUAUUUUUCAUUGUUCUUCGAA